AUGGCCGGCCACAAGCGCACCUCCCAACCAACCAACACGACUACGCCUCGACCCGUGAAGCGCGCCAAGACAGAGACCGUGAUCGAGACGUUCGGCCCAGAUAUGCUACGAAGCAUUCUCGCAUUCUUGCAGCCAAAGGACGCACUCAACCUCUCAAGCGCCAGCCCGGCGCUGGACGCGGCCAUUGACAAGUCGGUGUGGCGCUACGUCUUGCUGGAGCAAUGCGGCGUCGAGCCAACGCUGCUCAAGCCGCGCACGCAGCUCCGCAAGAAGGUCGUCGGGCUUGUCGAGAAGAAAUCGUGCCACCACUGCGGCCAUAUUGGAAGAACCAAGCAGAAUCUCUAUAUGAUCAAGGUCUUUAGCCAGCACCACGGCAAGAAGCUCUGCGGGAUGUGCAUCCAAUACCCCAUGUAUCAUGAGAUUGGACUUCAGGACGCGCGCCGUCGAUUCAAGGUCGCAUACAGCCAGCUGCGGACGCUGCCCGUUCGACACGUCUCCACUGGGAAGAUGCUCAACCUCCAGCAUGUGCUGGACCUUGUGGCGAGUGGGUAA